AUGUUUUUCGAAAAUGUCGACGAUGAAAAUUUCAAUCAUGAAGUAUUUCAAGUUAUGAGUCGAGAAAUUUAUGCUAUUACUGCUACCUCUCAUUACAAUCGCGUAAGAAGUGCACCAACACACACUGAAGAUGGAAUCCCCAUAAGGAAGCUUUAUGUAUCUAACUUGCCUGCCAAGACAACCCGAUCUGAAUUAUUUGGUAUAUUUGCACCGUAUGGCUUCAUCAAGAGUUGCUGGUUGCGAAUGGGAGACAGAGGUCCUAAUAGAACACCGACCCCCGCUUAUGCCUUUAUCACAUAUAGUAAUCCUGCGGAUGCUCACAAGGCUCUUAUAGCUCCACAUUAUGAAAAGCAGCUGCGUGGGGUCAUCCUUAGAAUAUUCCCUGCAGACAGUUGGCAUCAACCUGUAGAAGAUAGCGAAGGGAGGGUAUGCUGGAGGCCAAAUGGUGAAAGAUUAGAUGCUAAUAGUUACUUAUCAAGUGCAGAAGCUGGACAAAAGCCUGAAGAAGUUGCAUCUCCAGUAGUCGGUGGAGCGGAAAAUUCCAACGUUGUAUGCACAUCUCAGGAUUCAGAAAAAGAAGAAAAUGACCCUUGCAAUAUACUUAAUAUUUUGAAUACUGACUGUCUUUCUCAUAUUCUCAGCUUUGUACCUAUCAAAGAUUUAAUAAGAUCAGAGAGAGUUAGUAAGAAAUGGCAAGACAUGAUUGCUGAACAUUUAAUGAGUAUUCGCACUUUCAAAACAUCCACAUGGCGUGAUAAUCGUUUAACAACAGCUAUCUUACGGCGAGUGCUGCAACGGUUCGGCUCCUCACUUUUACGACUCCAUAUUGACGAUAACUGGUCAGCGCUUAAUGACCGCACUGCUCAUACAAUUGGAAAGUUCUGUCCAAACCUUGAGGAACUUAAGGUAGUUGGUAUGCUCACGAAAAAUUGGAAUCCACUAAUUUAUGGGUGCAAGGAACUCAAGGAUAUUUCAUUUCUUUCAUGCACAAAGCUAACAGAUUCCAGUCUCGUACAAGUGGCAAGAGGUGAUAUAGCUGUUGAGAAAAUAACAAUAGCUAACAACACUCACGUCACAGGACUGUUCCUUACGGCUACGCAUCCAUUGCAACUCACAUCGAUCGUAUUUUACAACUGCUACAGUUUACAAGGGACCGUCCUUUGUGCAGCAAUGGACGCCCUUCCGAAUCUAACGACACUGCACCUCGAUCUCUGUCCAUUAACAUUGUGGAAAAUUAUACAUUUAAUACUCAAAAAAGUUCCGAAGUUAGAAGAUCUGUCCCUCAGUGAUUAUACGUCCAUGGAAGUCUCUUAUAAGCUGAACGGUAUCGAGCCAUUUUGCGAAGCAAUUGGAACUUUGACAGAACUCAAAAGGCUUAACUUAAGCAAAAACAUUAAUAUUACGAAUUCGGUGUUGAAGCAAGUGGCACAGUCUUGUCAAAAGCUGGAAAGCCUCAAUGUCUCCUACUGUGACUCUAAAAGAUUUCCUGGUGUAAGUGAUGAGGGAAUCAUAGCAAUCUGCUCGUCUUGCCCAUUAAUAUCGGAUCUAGAUAUUUCACAUCUAGCAGGAUUAACCAAUGCUGGUUGCAAGGCGGCUUCAAAGCUUAAGCAACUGCAAUCUAUAACAUCGCGAGGCAAUUCUGCCCUGUCAUCUGCUCCAUUUAACGCCAUAAUCAAUACCUGUCAUAGCUUAAAGGAAAUUGACGUUUGCGGAUCGACAGGCGUGACGGAGGACGUGUUUACAAAUGUAAAACGUUCACUCGAUAAAUACCCUCGCAAUUUCAAAAUAUUCCUUGCCGACACAGCCGCUGAUUGCCCGGGAGUAGAAAUUAUCGAGGAAUUGGCAAAGUAUAAAUUACUGAAUGUGGACUUUCAUAACAAUCGCAGUGACCCACCUGUUUGUCCAAACUUUGUGGACAUAAUAAUUGAUGACAGCUCUGAUGAGUCAUAUGACGAUGUAUAUGAACAUGAAUUCUAUAAUGAUCUGAUGGGUCAGAUGUUGUCAUCAGAUGAUGAGCUGCUGUUGGAUGAAAUGGAGUAUGACCGUGAAGCGGAAUUAUUCCACAAUGCUUUUCUACUAUUCUGA